UGCGGUAUCGCAGCACUUUCCAGGGAGUUUCGGUGCAGCGGGAGUGGCGCUCCUGCGCCAAGGAAAGUGACAGAAUAAUUAUCCACAAUAAUGGCGACGAUGGUGGACGAUCAGAAUUCGAUUGACAUGAAUGAGGAUAAGGAUUCGGCAUUCGACCAGGUCACGCACAAUUGGGUGGACAUCACGCAAGAAUUUUUCGAGGCGAUCACAGAGUUGGAGCUGGGAGAACUGUUGCACGAUGAGCUAUUUGGAUUAUUUGAGGCCAUGUCCGCCAUUGAGAUGAUGGAUCCAAAAAUGGACGCUGGCAUGCUGUGCAAUCGAGGGAACAACAAACCAUGCACCUUCACUCAGGCGGUGGAUUCAGGCGCGAUCAAAUUGGACAAAUUUACGUCUGCCGAAAUUAUUGGGAUAAUCGAUUCUACGUACGCAUGCAUAGUAUCCUGGCUGGAAGGUCACAGUCUUGCGCAAACCGUCUUCACGAACUUGUAUCUGCACCAGCCCACGCAAAUAUUGGAUAAGCCGUUGAAGGUCUUCUGUUAUGCGGUGUACAAGAUAAUUGACAUAAUCAAAGACUGCAUUAACAAAGCUUUGGUAUUCGAGGAGGAAGAUUUUCAGAGCGUUACAUAUGGGUACAGAUUGCAGCAAGAUAUCACGGAACAGAAGAUGAUAUCGAUGCUGCGGGAAGUUGAAGAGGAGCUGCAUCGAAAGAGUAGAAUAAAGCUCGUCGACGUGGAGUCUGAGAAAGAGUACAAUGAUGGAAUAGCCCUCUACACAAGAAUCCGAUUUACUAAAGUAUUCUAUCAAGUGCUGACCUUGAUGGGUCGCAAGCAACAGCUGCAGCAAAAUUUGUCUGAUUGCCAGAGAUUGCUGUCUAAUUGUUCCGAUAUGCUUCAGAUUACGAUUGCGACGGUGACUCGCGGGGAGAAAGCUAAUGAAGUCUCCAAUCAUCCGAAUAUUAUGGGAUUUGAUCCGAUGGUAAAUCAGAGAUUGUUGCCGCCGACAUUUCCUCGGUAUACAAAAAUUAAACCAAGGAUAGACGCUUUGGAAUACCUGGCCGAACUGAUAAACAGGUUCAAGAUGGUCAUCAAGAUCACGAAUCACACUGGCUUCCACUCGGCCUUGGACUUUUUCUUAGAAUUCUCGCGUCAGAGUCCGUGCAUAUUAUCUAGGUCCAUGCUGCAAAUCGUUUACUUGCCUACCACUAAUCGCGUGUUCGGCGUGCAUAAUUUCGCGGACGUGCUGCGAGACGCGGCACGAAAUUUUGUCGCGCCACCUUCGCUGAUGCCAAAGAGCAUGUUACUUCAGAAUUAUCAGGCCAAGGAGUACGUUGAAAGCUUUCUGUCGCAUUGCGUCAGCUUGUUCGGGAGCCUGUUACAGCUCAGUGGUCACAAUAGGGCGAGGCAAAGGGACAAGUUGGCCCACUUGUUGGAGGAUUUUGCAGCGCUGCAAGAUGAAGCAGAGAGGGUUGAUGGGUACUUACACACUCUAUCUAUAAAAAGUGAACCACCAAGGUCUCACUUGGCCUGCUUUGGUACCUGGAUUCUGUAUCACACAUUACGCGUGAUGGUUAUGUAUCUGUUAAGUGGCUUCGAGCUUGAGUUAUAUUCCGUGCACGAAUAUCACUACAUCUUUUGGUAUCUGUACGAGUUCCUGUACGGUUGGCUUGUAUCCGCGAUCACGCGGGCCGAUACGUUCUUAAUGGAGCAGGACGUGCACAACGAUACGCACAAGGGCAGGGGCGGCAAGAAGAGUUCUAAAAAUAAGAAAAAGAAAUCGACGCCGCGGCCGUACAACUUGGAAAUUCUGAUAUAUCAGGCGUUACAGAAUAUAUGUGGCGGAUAUUACAAAGCCUUAGUCGGUUUUCGCAUGGACGGAAAGAUACCGCUGCCAGAGAUGCAGUUCGACUCCGAGCGAGUGAGAUACGAGCACAGAUUAUUGCCGUUCUCCUCUUUGUUGACUCCACCGCCCGUCCACUAUCAAGAAUUUCUAGAUAUGACGAACGCCCAGAUGCACAAGAGGAAUGAAAAAGUUACCAGCGAGAUGCAAUACGUCGCUGGCUGCCGACAUUUCCAUCAAGCAAGAAAUAUGUUGGAGCGCGCGUUAUUGCUUUAUCCAUCAAACAAUUUGAUGGAGAACGAGAUCAACACUUUGCUGAAAGUAGCGAAGACGAACUUCGUGGUGCUAAAGUUGCUGGCUGACGGACACAAGAAAGACUCGAAGAAUCCGCCGGUUUUUGAUUUCUCUUGCCAUCGACAUUUCCCUCUGAUCAAAAUAACUUAAACUGUAUAUCUGUAUCAAUCAUUUUUCAUAAUAUAAAGGACACGUUAUUUAUUUUAGUUUUACUUGUACGGAAAAAGAUGUACCUGUCUUCGCGACUGAAUUUUUAUAUUUUCAUCCCAGGCGCUUUUCAGUGAUCUCCUUGUUCUAUGUAUUUCCUUUCACCACAUAUCUUCAAGCACAAUUGUAAAUCUUGACUCUUUCAGGUUUAAAACGUGUAUGUCUCAACGAAAUGAAAAUUUCUUGAAAGAGUUGAAAAAUAUAUCUGGUGCUGUUUUAAGUAUAAUCUUAUGCGUUGGAAAGUAACAACGUUUGUACAUACGUUAGAAGAAAUUGCAUCCUUAAGACAGAAGUCUAGCAAGUCUAGAGUAUUACGAAAAUGAUUGUAUUAGCUUUAAGAAUGACAAGUUGAUGUGAACUGUAAAUACGUUAAGUAAUAUAGGAAAUGAUAAAAGAGUCUCAAAUAUAUGUUUUUCUCGUAUACUA